AUCACAUUUUCUCUGGAAAGCCCCUAAAGUAUAAAGUAAUAAACUUCCUGUUCUUCCGAAAAUGUCACAAACUGGUAAGCGAGUACAAUAUCAUCGCGUGGAGAUUAAUCAUAAAAUGUUUCCGUACCCUUAAUCAUAAAUAAGAAAACGUGCCUGUACCCCCAACUCCUAUACUACAACUGUCUGUUGUGAAGUGAUGUCAGAAGGUAAAUUAACCUUUCGACUUGAUUUGCAUAUUCCACUGUACCGUGACUUCCGCACUAAGGUUCUCGGCUAUAGAAGACAAUGAGCAGAAAACGGGUGAGAAGAAUUUUGGUGGUUUUAGCCCUUGUGCUGACAUCUUGUGUAUCUUUUCAGCUGGGACUUGUAUGGAACUCACGUUCCUACUUUUCAGACACCGUUGGCGAAGAACUGCGUGAAGAACUAAAUGAGGAAGGACGAUUGCAGGAGAUUGUAUUUCGAGAAUUGAAAAUUGAUCCUUUGAACUCAACUGCGAAGUCUUCAAGCUUCACAACAACUUCUCUUUCGCCGCAAAUUAGUCACAAAACAUUUCUUAUAACCAGGAGGACUUGUAUGCAACAUUACGAUCUUCUUAUCAUUAUCUCAUCCUCACCAGGUAAUUCCAAAAGAAGGAAAAACAUUCGUAAGACAUGGGCAUUCGAAAGAUCCGCAAAACCAAGAUGGACGUCCGUUUUUCUGGUCGCUCAAACACGGGAUGAAGCAGUUUCAAACGUUUUGCUCGACGAAGAUGAAGCUCAUAAAGACCUUGUGCGAGCUAGCUAUUAUGACCACUACUGGAAUCAAACCCGAAAGAUAAAAAUGGGCUUCGAAUGGGCAGUAACGUAUUGCAAUUUCUCGUUUCUUUUGAAGGUAGAUGACGACGUUUUCGUGCACGUUCCGAGAGUUCUCUCUUUCUUAAGCGCACCCACCACACCGAAGAAGAUGUUUUAUGCUGGAAAUCACUACAAAAAUCCUGUUCCUUUUCGUGGAGGAAAAUGGAAGGUAAAUUACGAGGAAUAUAACAAGACAAGAUAUCCAGAUUUUUGCCCCGGUUUUGGAUACGUUUUAUCUCACGAUGUUGUACGUGCAUUUGUUGACACUUUCUCUUCUUUGCCGUUCUUCAGACUGGACGAUGUUUACGUUGGCAUGCUGGCGAGUAAGAACGGAAUAAGUAUCACAAACAAUGUGGGUUUUGAAGUAUGGCAUCCACCCCAAUAUGUAUGUGUUCCAACAAAGGAUACUUUAGUCAGGCAUGAUGUAGGGGAAGAGUGCCAAAUGAAAAUGUUUAAUUUAGCCAUUUUCCCUCAGUAGUUCAAUGGCGUGGUCAGUACAUACGUAUAUUUAAAUGAAUUCUUAAGUGAGUAAUGUUUUCCUGUUAAAUAUCCUUUAGUGUUAUUAUAAUGCUAUUUAUAGCUAUUUUCGUUUUCAAUGUGCUUUGCUCGAAGAGUCAGAAACAGUGAAUGUGAUGUAAGACUUAGCUCUUAUCUACCUGAGAGCAAUUAAGACUUUCUAUUCUUUGAUCCAGAUACAUACAGAGUUACGAAGCGAGAGACAUAGAACAAUUUAUUUCAGAUAUAAUGAACAUUUCUAUCGGGUUUUCAAGCAAUCUUAAAACAUUGACUCAUACAUGUAACCAAAGAUUACUCAACGGAACUAUUCCGUUUCACUGUAAAAUAGAAAUUUUCACGCUGCUACAGAGGUCAAAUAAUCUCUAGGCUUUUUACUUUACUUUUGCCGAUUGGAACAGAGUUCUAAUCAUUAUGCUCUGUAAUGCUGACUAAAAACCUAGUUAUGAUGUAAAAAGAUGUUGGUUAGAGUAUUUAUAUUGUUACAUAUUGUUAGUUUAGAAUUGAUAAACUCAUAUCAAUUCAAUUCAAUUUUAUGAUACUGUUACUAUUUACAGCUUAACAUCUACUGCUCGCAGAUAGCAACAGCAAGUUAAGGCGAGCAGCAGUUUCACGCAUACUAAUAAGAACCUUACAGUAAUAAAUUAAAGAAAAUAAUAAAUAUACACUCGAUAGUUAUGCUGAUUAAUAACCUGGAUAUGAUAUAAGAUGUUGGUUAGAUUAUUCCUGUUAUUACUUAUUGUCACCUUAGAAUUCAUAAACCCAUAUCGUGCAUGAGUUUCCAAUGAUCAAUUCAAUUUACAAACCUGCUUAUGACAUUAAAACGUUGAAUGGACUCAUGCCUGCACUCCCAAACAGAGAACGUCUCAGUGUCUUCACUUUAAGGAAGAAAUGGCUCACUCGUACAUGUACAUUAUGUAAAAUUAGCAUUAGGGCCAACGGCCAUGAGGCAGUAUAGCGUUGAUGCUCUACAUCAGUCUAAAACAAAGAUUCGAUAUUGUUAUUCAAAAAGCAGAGCAGAAGAUGCUGCCUUCUUCACAGACAAGUUUAAGACCUUCAUAAUGCCAUGUAGGGGAUGAAAUAUGAACAUUAAAAGCACCAUUGCCCAAUGGAGAUCUUUUCUCUUACAAGGAAAGCAAGUCACUCCAGAGAAGUCCAUGGUUUUGGGAAUGAAUCUUAGAUUUAGACCUCCGCUAAAGCAUCCGCCUGCGACCCAGUUUGAAAUACAAAUCAGAGAUAGUCGAAUCCAAAUGACCACACGAUCAAAUUCCUUCCCGUCGAUAACAAACUUAGGCCGACGCUUCUGUCAACAGAUUGAGUGUAAAUCGAGACACACAGCCAUCUGCACGAGGAACUUUACUAUUCCUGGGUCAUUUUGAGGGACUGCUAUAUUUGUCGUGACAGUAGAAUAAAGCGCCGACGACAGCUUAUGUCAAAGUUCUGUCAGUUUAUCGUCAUUUUCAAAUACAGCAAGAUUCCUACGUGGUUACGAUCAUUAAAUUACACCGACUCAAAUUUACGUUAUAACUCAAGCUUUCGUAGGAAAGCUCGGGUCAAAAAAUGCAAGCCGUUCUUCGUCGUAUUUGGUCGCCACAAGUGUAGUUUUCGCACCAAAAA